AAAUAUACAUAUGAUUCUCAUAUGAAGGACAUUUCAUAUGAGAAUCAUAUGUAUAUUACUUCAUAUGAUUAACAUAUGCAUGAUCAUAUGAUUCUCAUAUGAUUGGCCACAUAUGAUUCUCAUAUGAUUGUAUAAACAUAUGAUUCUCAUAUGUUCCACACAUGAUCUUCAUAUGAAAGGCAAUGCAUAUGUGGAUCAUAUGUGGGUAAAUUGCCUAUGUAGCAACAUCUUAGUUAAAAUAUUCUCAUUUAAAACUGAAUGACUCAAGAUGUGAAUCGACCUUUAGAACGAACUUUGAAUAUUUUCCCUAUCUCUUUAGAUAUCUGCCCUUAUGCUGUAUCUUCAGGACACCUAGACGCCAUCGACUGCUCCACUUUCCUUUAUGGUUGUCCGAGGGAACCUUACAUUACCAAUGAAGUUUUCAAAUAUUCAGCCUGCUUGGAAAUCAAUCCACAAAAACGCUGCUAUUUGGCAAAUGAAAACUGUUUAAAUGAAACGAGCCGUGCAAUACCAAAUUCCACAACGUUUAAUCUCAUGACUGACUCCUCAGCAUAUAUCCUGUCCACAGACAGCUCUAAUCUUACUUCGGUGUCACCAAACAGUACUUUUAAUUUGCAGCCAGGGAUUAAGAGACCGCAUCUAUAAUUGCUGAAGUAGUAUCAUCAUCGAUCUUUCUAGUCGUUAUUCUCCUGUUCUUAUUCAUUUUUAACUCGAAAAGAUGUCAGUCUUGGAACACAAGUGAGUUAAUUUUAUGUUUACUUAAGAAAUAAACAACAAUGUAAAAAGUGUCUGAGAAUGAACGUUUAGUUGGUCACGUGAUCAAAUCCUGUGAAGCCCGAAAGAUUCGUCUUGUUUCAACAUUUGAAUAUUUACAAUGAUGAUCAGCAGUCCAGUUUCAGAAUUUUAUAUUGAAAAAAACAAUGAU